GUUGAUGCAAUAAUUUGCGUUGAUUAAUUUUAUUAUCAGAAUUACGCAUUUAAUACGUAAUAAUAUAGAUAACGUAGAAACCCGGAAACAGGCUUGAACUGACGAUGGAAAAAAUCAACCUUAAUCUUUCGAAUCGUCCAAAACUCAGCAUCCUGGAUAAACCGUUAAGCCGUGGAAAAGGUGAAGUUUCACUCAGUUGUUACGCAUUGCUUUUCUCGGAAGUGGUACAAUAUUCACAAAGUCGAGUAAACACGAUACCUGAUUUGCAAAACAAGCUUCAUGAUUUGGGAAAAGAUGUUGGAUGCCGGAUAAUCGAUCUAUAUUUCUUGAGGGAACGGAAUUCCAAACGCGAAACAAAGCUUAUCAAUAUGCUUUUAUUUAUCAAAACCACACUGUGGAAGACCCUUUUUGGAAAAGAAGCGGAUAAAUUGGAGCAUGCCACUGAUGACGAAUGUACAUACUAUAUAAUUGAGAAGGAACCUCUAGUUAACAAAUUUAUCAGUGUGCCGAAGGAUAAAGGAUCGCUUAACUGUGCUGUAUUCGUUGCCGGAAUCAUUCAGGCUGUACUGUCGAACUGUGGAUUUACAUGUCAAGUAUCAGCCCACUGGCAUAAAGGUACCACUUAUAUGGUAAAAUUCGAGGAUCACGUCAUCAGUCGUGAUAAACAAUUAGAGGAAAAAUAAAAUACCUAUUUAUAACACCUCGUUUAUUACAAAUUGAUUUUCUAAACACAUUGUGAUCUCAAACGUUGGACACUGUUUGCGAAAUUUAAAUAAACUUGAAAUAGCGAUCCUUGUAUGCUACCUGGCCAGUACGGUAC